AUGCCAUACCAAGGCAAGCCAAAGAAACGUAUCAGAGGAUACCAAGGGGCAAACUUCGUGGACGGAUACGUUGAUAAAAGGCAAGCGAAAUCAGGUGGUUAUCCUCAAGCAAGGGGCCAGGCCGCCGACUACAAUCAUCAAAGCGGUUCUGGCAACGAGAAGAAGCUUGCAACUCAGUUCCCUCAGCCACCGCCUCAGCCACCGGUAACCCAGCAACCCGGUCUCAUCCAUCAAAGCAUCAACGGGCUUAACCAGUUGGUCCCUGAUGGAACAGCAACUACCGUCACAGACGAUGCCCAGUUGCCAAAGCCUUACAACCAGUCCGUUCAAGACCUGCCUACCGCAAACAACCUGAACCCCAAAAGGCUCUCCCCGCCUGAUGCCCAUCAACCACCCUUUCCACCCAGCCCAUCACCUGCUCUUCCAAGAUCUGGGCCCAGCCGGGCGCUUUCGAGCUAUUGGCACAGCACGCCGGCUGUCCGCCAGAGUUAUCUCCGCAAGUUUAACCAGCUGAUCUUUUCGAAUGCCGAAGACCUGGGCCCGCUGAUUGUGACGGAGAGCUGGAAGAGCUGGAAGGAUGCGCUGGGCGAGGUGAACUAUGCGGCAAGCCUUGUGGACUGGUUCGUCGAGGAGGCUCUUCGGACCGAAGGGAUCAUCGUCCCCAGCUCUACCCCUGCCGUCAGAAAUCUCGUCAUCAAACAGCCCAUCGGUGUCGUCGCUGCUCUAUGUCCCUGGAACUUCCCGGCGGCUAAUAUCACCCGCAAGGUUGCGCGCACUGCGUGCACAAUACGACCUCCAGCAAUGACACCUCAAGCGGCCCGGCUUCCUCGCCCGCCGCCCCCACCACUUGGGCUCCGACUCGGCGACCCAGACCGAGCCCCGCAACAGCAGCAGCGGGGCAAGGAGAAGCCGGGGCCGUCGUCCCGGACACGUUCCGUGCCCCUCCUCCCAGUGGUCGCCGGCUCCGCGACCAGUCCUAGCCUUGACAGACUCUGGGAGAUGUACGGGGCCCGGACGGUGGAGAUGGGGAUCCACGGGAAAGAGUGCUUAUUGCGCGCCAAGGAGUGUUUCAAGUGGGCAUGUGCGUGUCUCCCUGGAAACAGCAUAUUUUAUUGA